GUCCGCUCAGUCUAGGCCCGCGAGCGCGACCGGCCGCGCGAUACCCGCGACGCAAGCGCCCUGGCGCACGCCGCGCGCCGCGCGAAACGCGGCGUAACCUUCCUCGAAUCGACCGAGGUAGGCAACACUGCCGCCGAAACCGAAAUUCAGUGUCAAAAGGUUGGUGAACCCUGAACCCAAAGUGCACCUAAAACAAACCCCCGAAAUACGAAAUUUGCUCGCCGGCCCCGGUGACAUCUGUUAUUACGGCGUGCGCUCGUAAUUUCCUCGUGUCCCGGUACGCGUACGCGAGUUCUACAUCGCGAUGCAGCGUUGCCCCUACAUCCACGAGAUGAAGGAGCGGCUCCUGACCGUCGACGGCGACUCGCGGGAGAGCCCUCGGGACCCCCGCACCCUCCCCGACCCCCGAGACACGCCCCGCGAGCGCGCCCUCGAGCUUCAAGACUCCCAAGUCGGGACCAUCGUCAAACUGAAUUCCGACGGGUACGGGUCGCACACGUCACCGGCGCGGGCGCCGCUGGUGGUCGAUGAGUGCGACGCGCCGGAAGAGACCGACGCACUGUCGCCCACCGAUGCCAUUCUGCGGUACCGGGCUUGCUGCCAGCCGGAGACGAAACCCAAAAAUGCCAAAACCUCCCUGUUCAUCAUCUCAAGUUUCAUCUACGCGAAACUUCUGGUGGUGGUUUGCAUCGCUUACGUGAUCAGCGAUGUCAUCACACACAACCUGCCCCUCUACUACUAUGAAGGAUUCUUCACCUACCUCUAUGGCAUGAGCAUAUUGUUUUUGCUGUACGUUUUCUGCUUCCUACUUCAAGAAAGCGCCUGCUGUAGUGGAAGUCCCCCGAAACCUAAGCCUCCCCCAAAAGAGAAGAAACCGAAGAAGGAAAAAGAAAAGAAAACCAAAGAUAAAGACGCGAAAGAAGGAAAAGACGGCAAAGAAGGCAAAGAUGGAAAGAAAGAUGGCAAGAAAGAAGGCAAAGGAAAAGACAAGGACAAGGACGCCGGAAAAGAGAAACCAAGCAAAGAAGCCAAGAAACAAAGUCAAUUUCAGGAGGUGUAUCCCCGUAAGAUGCGUGAUAAAGUUCGUCAACAACAAUUACAGAUUCAAAUGGCGCUGUAUGCGUCAGACCAGCAACAAGAUAUUGUGGAGAUGGAAGCCGGACCAGUGGCCAGACCAGUACGCAGACGGAAGACUUCACAAAAUGAGCAUAGUCAUGGUAGCUUUUUCCUACGAAUUGGAGCUAUCGCUUUCGGCUUGGGUACCAUGAUAUACAACGGCUUAGAAUUCGGAACUUUCUUUGAGCUGCCUCUCGAUUCCCCUUGCUAUCUUAUCUUGAAGGGGGUAAACCCAGUACUGCAGAUGGUUUUCACCUUCAUGCAAAUGUACUUUAUUUUCAUGAACUCUCGAUUGAACAUUCAUCGAUUCAAAGUUAUUGCCCGAUUUGGAUUAAUGCACGUUGUAGCAACUAACAUCUGUGUAUGGAUAAGAACAUUGGUCUUAGAAUCUUUAAAAGAAAUCACCGACUACCAUGUGAGGUAUCCCAAUGGAGUGUCCGGCGAGACAGUUCUUGGAGGGGUCAUUCGUAAGCAUACUUUGAGACACUCUGGGAAAGUGUUUGGAGCUGCUAGCACAGCUGCAACUGCUAUUGCCUCAACGGCCGUAAACUCUGCCAAAGCCUUAGGAAAUUCCAUUGGUAUUACCACAACCUCUGCUCCCAUCACAACUCCGACAACGACGACCACUCCCUCACCAUAUUUGAGCGGGUUUAACAUGGGUGGUUUUCCUUCGAAAUCGAAAAUAAUCGAUACCAUUAAGAGUACUAUAGGGUACGAUAAUGGGAUGGUUUAUGGUCGCGAACAAGACGCUUGGCCCAACGAUAAUCCUUUCACAACGACUACACAUGCGCCACUGGUUGAUGAGAAAGUAACUCAAUCUCAGUCGGCAAUGUUAGAAGUGUACCAAGGGUUUUACUCGUCGACCUUGAAACCGAUUGUCAGCACUAUGGUGCAGAGUUCGACCCCUGGCUCGUACUUCACGAGCAGGGACGAAUGGGGUAACAAUGUCGAAACCUACCGCGUUGACGAACCGCCUCACUCGCCAGUGAACAACUCUUCGGAAGUGUUUGAGUCUUUAUACAACCUGCAACCGCAAGCGCUGAUCGCCAACAUCGAUAACACCACAGUAUGCGGCCGAAUCCCAAUUAUGGGAACCAUCGUUACAGACUCCGCUCCUUACCUUUACCCGUUCAUCAUCGAGUACUCUUUGAUCGGGGCCGCCGUUAUCUACGUCAUGUGGAAGCACAUUGGCCGCUAUCCUAGCGUGGCCAACGACGAAGAUCUGGAAAGACGUCUGGAAGCUGUUCUCUCCCGCAGGGCGGCAGCACUGGCAGCGGCUCAGCGUGGAAACCGCGUCGACUGCGCCGGAGCUUCCAAGGGCCUCUUCUGUGGACUGCUGCUAUUGGUCGCUUCGCUCAUCUGCUUGAUUCUGUUCUUCGUGCUCAUUAGACACCAAGAGCUGAAGCGCAUCUCGAUCUAUUUGGCUGAUGUAUCACAUUGCGCUCUGAUGGUUUUAUCUAUAUUGGCGAUCUUAAUCGGAUUUAUACGUGGUCGAGUAAUGAGAUGGAGCAAUACCCCCUCCUACACCGAACCUCUCCGCAGGGUGCAAUCGCUGAAGUUCCGCUCCGAAGAACAAUCGGACUUGAAUGACAUCCUGCUGCGCGUGUCUGCCUUCGGUCUCUUCGUGUACGCCGUAUUCAGUGUCAUCGCUGGUGGGAUGGGAGCUUUCACCCAUGAGCCGAAUUUGCUCGUCAUGAUUACUGGAUGCUUAAGUGUUCUUCAGGUGGUGCUCCAACUGUUGUUCAUCGCCGACGUGUCCCGCCGCCGCGUGCAUCUCCCUGAGCAGGAACGUAGCAAGCCGGCGCGCCAGGCCGUCACCUUCCUGCUCAUCUGCAACGUUACCAUGUGGCUCCUCUACACCUUUGAGGCACAGAAAGUACUGGCCAAUCCCGUUCAACUGGACUUUUAUGGCUACGUGGCAUGGUCCCUGGUUCAACGCUUCACUCUGCCACUUUGCAUCUUCCACCGUUUCCACUCAGCUGUAACUCUAGCAGAGAUAUGGAAGACCAGUUACAAAGCGCGCCUGGAGUGAGCGCCAGAACUUAACACCAAUGAGCGUAAUGGGUCUCGCAAAAUGAGGGUUUCUUACAUAACUUUCCAUAACAAAACCAGGCGUAAUGCCUGAGUUAACCCUCAUCAUAAGUUGAACCCUCGAUACAGUAUAAGGAAUGUACAAGUGAGAAUCCAAUCGUAAUCGUCAACAACGUCCUAGAAUAUACUGGGAACCCACUGAUUUCGUCCUUAUCCGGGACAGCAAUUGUGUAGUUAGAACGGAAUAAAUUUUAUUGUUAUCAGAAUCAUCCCGCAGAUUAAAAUUCUCAAUUUUAGAAUCGUGUGACGAAUUUUGCGAAGCUUACAAACUCUUUAUUACUGUAGAGUUAAACUAAUUGCUAUCCCGGCGCAAAUAAACAGCUGUUGAAGGUGAAACUACCUAGAAAGGGUUUUUUAAAUCGUUUAUUUGAACAUUUUAGCAGUUUUUUCGGAUUUUUUUACAUUCCAUAUAAGUUACAGAUCAUAAUAAAAUUAGGUUUCUUCGAAGACUGACUGUGGAGACUAACGCGACCAAAAAUUUUUUACAAUUUGCAUUGCCUACAAUAUUUUUCUUUUGUAGGUACGCACGUUAAUACAAAUUGCUCAUUUUUCGAAUUCAUAUCUUGCGAUUUCUAAAAUUUAAAUUAAAAAACUUUUUUUACUAAAUAAUAAGUAAAAUUGAUUGAUCGAAACAUGAUACAUAAUUACACAAAUUAUCCCAGUUGUGAAAAGUUCCCUCCUUUGUUAGAAUAAUUUAUGUGCCAUAAUUUUAGGAUUAAGGCUCAAUUAAAAUUUGACAAUAUUUUACAUUUUACCUUCAAUUCUUCAUUCAUAAUUUGAAAGGACUACCUAAGUCAGCAACAUUUUUUUUAUACUAUAUCGUUUAGUCCAGAAUUUCUAAUUCUUUAAAUGCUGUACCGCGUUUUUGAAGUCGUAACAAUUUAGAUAUUAAAAAUAAUAUUAACUGCUAUAUUAAAGUUUCAGAAGAUUUAUUAGACAACAUAAUAGAUUACCUUGAUCAGAUUAUUUGAUGUAAGCGAGUAGAAGUACCUAUAUCGGAAGUUUAAUAUAAAAAUUUCGGAAUAUUUAUAAUCGUAAGCCGGUAGUGACUAGUGGGAAGUAUGUACUUAAUUUUAGGAGUACAUACAGAUAGUAAUGUACUUUUUUCAGCUGCAGUAAACUGCUUUGUACGGAUGAUUUUGGGUAGCUUUGUAAUAUGAUUCACGUAUACAUUUUUAUUGCAAGGGGCCAUGUGUAAUGUGACAAAUCCACCACUGUUAUUAAACAUGCCCACUGGAUCGUAGGUAAUUGAAACACCAAUAUUCAAUUAUGAUGAAAUGUACAAACUUCCUAAUUCCCAUUUCUGGAAAUGGUCUCGAUAAAGUAAACAGUCAGGUAAAAGAGGAAAUCUAAAUUACCUUCUUAACACUCUGGUCUUUUUGUACAUUUAUAUCGUAUUUUUCAUCUCUUUUAACAACAGCAUUGGACCCGUCUCUGGGUUUGACAUGUCACUAACAAUAUCAUUUCUUUUACACUUGACUGUCAUAACAAGGCAAUGGUGCAUGCACGUACAAAUGGCUAUACUACCGCCUUGUUGCAUUAAAAAUGAUCACUGCAGAUAUUUUCGUAACGAUCUUUGUGUGCAAUCUAUUUUUAUAGGCUUACUAAUUUUACAUACGAUAUUAAUAGAUGAUGUUGAAUACGAAACGCGUCGUUUAUACGUGAUAUCAGUUCGAUGUUAUGGAUUUUGUAUAAAAUAGUUAAUAAUUUAUUUAUUUAUAACACAUUUAUUAACUUUGUAAAUUAACUUAAGGUAAAAGUAAACCUAAUCACUAUAAGAUCUGGGAGUGUGUGUGAGAAGCGGCGUGGUGUGUAUCUAGUUAGUUUUUGAAUGGUUUUAUUAUAUUUUAAUGUUAAAGUAAAGUUCGUAAUUUAUUACUAAUGCUAAGUAAGUUGACCUGUGAGCCCCUCAGAUAAUUUCCUGAAAGCUUUGGCCUCUGUCAGAGUUUGCGAGCUCAGUGAAACGCGAGAGCUAGGCUUGCCUCAUCACUGCCGAUAUUUUAACACUAGGACCUUUGAUAAAUCUAUACUAUUAUCUACUUAUCAACUCGUUCAAUUUUGUAGGUGAUAUAUACUGUGUACCUAAAUGCAUGAAACAGAAGAUGCCGACGUAUAUGCGUUAGGUUAGGAUUAACAUUGUAAUCGAACCCACACGUGGAUACUCAAUCAGUGUUGAAUACCUAGAUACCAAAAAUUAAAAUUUGGAAAUUCUACUUUAUAGUAUAUGAGUAAAAAUAAAUGUCUAUUGAAUAAAAUAAAAUAAUAUAUGUGA